GCAUCGCACCGCACGCGCGUGGGCCGCCGAGCGCUCGGCCUGGCGCGCCUGCCUCCCGGCCCGCCCGUUUCUUUGUUAGUCUCUCUGUGGAGCAUGAAGUGGCUUCGCCCGGGGUAUCUAUGAAUGUGGAUGCCCAUUCCACCCUGGUUGUGGCGCCGGCUGCUUGCGAGGUCCACCGAGCGCGGGCGCGGGCCGGCCGCCCUUCUUGUCAGUCUGAAGAUGCAGGCUUGCUUGAUCGCUAUGUUUGUUGGCGAUGCUUGUGGGGGGCGAGGCUGGGAGGCGACGGCGAAUCACCCUCGAGCACGUUCAUUCUGUAUGCGCGUCAUUCUCGAGCACGUUCUGGGGGCUAAGUCGGUAUCAGCAGGCGGUUGGCCCGCCUCUUGCUAGUGACCGCUGGUUGUGACUUCUGUAUAUUCUGGAGCGCUUUCGUG